UUUAAGUGAACCACUGUUCAACUCCGAUUGCUUCUUUUGGGCCUCCGAUAGAGAGGAAAAGACUAAAACAGACUAACAUGGACUGGCGGCAUAAGAUGAGGAAAGCUUGGUUUGCUGUUUCUUCAAGAUUCAAGUUUCGUAAAUCUGGUUCAGGGGGUGGUGCAGCUUGUAGGAGUGCUUGUAGUUUGUUGAAGUUGCAAGAUGAUGUACAAAUGUGUGGGUAUAGAGAUGUGGAAGUAAUGUGGAAUAUGUUCAUUGAAUCUAAUCCAGAGCAAAUGGCAGCAGCAUUAGUGAAUUCUACUUCCAAACCCACCAGCACGCAAACCCAAAUGCCUUCUUCGAGGUCUUUCCUUUGGUCUCACAACAAAACAACCACCACCACUACCACUACAACUUCGUUUACUUCAUUCAAUCAAGUUAUAAUUACCACAGAAGAAAAAAAUGCAGAAACAAUUGGGGGGUAGAUAUGUAUGUAUUUAGUUUAUUCUCAUCGACAAAAUGGAAAUGAGAUAACAUGCUUUAUGUAACAGGAACACUGUUGACCAAAAC